ACAACAAUUCUAUUGAAUACGAAACAAAAUGAUUUCUAUGCUGAGAUGCAUUUACUUAUUUUUAUCCGUUAUUUUAAUAACAAGCUACUUUGUGACACCAGUAAUGCCUUGUAAUUGUAAGGCACCAGAAACUGCACUUUGCGCAAGACGUUGUCAACAGCAUGGAUAAAUUUCUGCAAAUUGGAUUCAUCAAAAUGGUUAUAAUGAAUUAAUUGAAUUUAAAAUAUUAUACAACAUUUAUCUCUAUAUGUUAUCUCUAUAUAUGUUAUCUCUAUAUUAUUAAAAAAUAAAUUCUUUGAUUUGA